UACUGAAUAUUAAAUUUAAAAAAAUAUUAUAAAAACAAUGCAGUGAAGUGGUCACCUAUAGGCUAUACUUACAAGAACAAUGUUUUUGUCUCUGUUAUUGGUAGGUGUACUAGUGAGUGUUGUGUGCUACAGAUGGCAGCGACGAAAGCUUUACCAGAUCCAUAGAGAGAUUCCCAUUAGUGCUAAGCAGUACCCGAUUAUCGGUCAUACGUAUCUAAUGAGGAAUUCUGAUGCCAGGAAGCAAGUUUGGUUUAAAUCUCUUGGCCAUUUUGCUAUUAAACAUGGCGGCGUUACAUCGUGUUGGAUUGUAAACAAGCUGUAUAUAAUUGUUGCGGACCCGGACACAUCCGAAGUCAUAUUGAAGAAUUCUAUGGAGAAAGGCUACGUGACGCAAUUCGCGCGCACGGUUAUCGGGAACGGCAGCAUAUUCGCUCCAGUAGACAUAUGGCGGCCGAGGCGCAAAAUUUUAGCUCCAGUCUUUAGUAUGAAGAAUCUGAACCAAUUUGUAAAAGUGUUUAAUAAACAGAGCAUGAUAAUGGCUGACAUGAUGGAGCGGAUGGCUGGAGGCGAGGACUUCUCCGUUUGGAGAUAUUUCAACACUUACACCUUCGAUUCCGUUUGUGAGACCACCUUAGGAAUUGACCUGAACAGUCAAAAGAACCCGGAGCACAGUUUCCUCGCCGCUUUCGACUGGUUGUCGCAAGCAAUAGCGAAGCGGAUGACGUCUCCGUGGAUGCACCCUGACUGCGUCUACCAGAGACUUCCGCAGUACAAGGAGUUCGUCUACCACAGGCGGAACAUACACAACUUUAUUGAUGAGUUAAUACAAACGAAACGCAAAGAACUAGAAGCGAUUCAGCGAGGACACAAGAAAACAAUCAUCGAUACGACUUUCUUAGACCUGAUGAUUGAGUCAUCCGGGCGGCUUCAGCAAAAGUACUCAGACCUGGAGCUGCGCGAGGAGCUGAUGGUGAUCGUGAUGGCCGGCACCGACACCUCCGCCGUGGGCGCCUCCUUCGCGGCCGCCAUGCUGGCUCGCCAUCCCCACGUCCAGGAGAAACUGCACCAUGAGUUAGACAUGAUAUUUGGUGACUCGGACCGUGAUUUGACCGUAGAAGAUUUGCCAAAGCUUCAGUAUUUGGAAGCAGUCAUCAAAGAAACUUUACGGCUGUACCCUCCCGUGCCCGUUACGGCGAGGGAAGUCACCGACGACGUGACACUACCUUCUGGCACAACCUUGGUGAACGGAGUGUCGGCGGUGCUGAACAUCUGGGCGACGCACCGCAACCCCGCGUUCUGGGGAGCUGAUGCGGAGCAGUUCCGGCCCGAGCGGUUCCUGGAGGGGCCGCUCAAGCACCCGCUGCAGUUCCAGCCCUUCUCGCUGCCCAUGAGGAACUGUCUAGGAUCCAACUACGCAAUGAUGUCGAUGAAGACUAUGUUGACCAACAUGCUCCGCCGCUACAGGAUCCUGCCGCCUAGCCGCAUGGACGAGCACAAGCUCAAGGAACCCCUGAAAGUGUCUUUUGACAUCAUGAUGAGAGACAUGGAUAAUUAUGAAAUAAGACUAGAGAAAAAACACAGAUCAGCAAAACAAAAUUGAAAUUUGCGCCUAGAUACAAUAAGCAGAUAAAAUGCGGAACUUCGUACUUAUUCAAAUCGUACCUAAUCGAUCACAAAAUAGUAGGUACUUACCUAAUAUACUAUUUUUAGAAAUACUGCAUUGAUAAUAAAGCACUCUAUGUUAGCUUUUAGCAGUUAUUUGAUUACAAAUAUUUAUGUACUCAUGUCAGUGAUCUGCGGUUGUUGGCGCUUUAUCUGACGGUCUGUAAAAUUAAAUAGGUAUAAAAUUUAUGAAUAAUAAAUUACUUGACAUUGUCAUGAAACGUCCGUAAGUGUUGUAGGUUUUCUAAACGAGUCCGACGAGUAUAUGUUUAAAACGGUAAUGUAUUAAAUUAAGAUACCUAAUUAUUUACUACGUCUAGAAUGCUUUCGGAAUAAUCAUUAACUGGCAUCGGAACCAUGUUUACAGUACGUUGAUGCCGAAAAUAGCAAUGUUAAUAUGUAGCUAAAAUAUAUUUGUAUAAAAAUUUUCUUCGUCUUUGCAUCGUAGUUAUACCUAGGUAGAUAACUUUAUUCCCUAUUGCUUACAGCAAAAAAAUAAAAAAAGAUAAAUUCUCCAUA